GUAGGACCACAAAGCAGCGAGCAGCAGAGCCACUGAGCAGAAAACGCUGAAAAAUACGGAGAAGCGGGGGCUUGACGUUAAACAUGUGCCAUAUUGGAUGCGGGAGGCGAACCGCUUGAUCCGCGGACCCGCAACGGGGACGACAUCGACAGGGCGGCCGGUGCUCGGAGACAGCGGGGGAACCGUCAGUCUCGCAGCCGAGCGCAGCUCCCUCGGCUCGGAUCAGCCUGGUAGGCAGGACUCGCUCUCUCGCUCGGAGCACGACGACCUGCUCUGCUUGUUUUUUUUUUCUCCUUUUUUAAAAAAAUAAAUAAUUUCACGGGAGCUGCGAGCAUCGGUGGAGGACUUUAGACGGAUUUAAAGAGGAUCCGUGCACCUGACCGCCUCCCGGUGGGUUUAUUUACGGGUCGAGGGGGGAAAAGUUAUCGGUUAUCGAGCGGACUAACUACCGCUGACCAGCAGCGCUCCGUCCCUCCCCUCUCCCCCUCCCGCAUCCCGCCGUCAGCGUCACCGUCAGCCCACAGUCGGCAGCCCCAGCGCUGGGUCUCCAAAGCGAGGAGGGUCCCCCCUCUCUGGCCGAAGCCAUGGAUUACCUCCUGCGGGUUUUCUCUCCGUGUUUUUGACGGUUUUUCCGCCUCCCUCCUCCCUCCUCCCCUCCCGCUCUCUCUCCUCCCCCCCGCGGAGUGUUUUCUCCCCACACUUCCCCAAUCCGAGGCGACCCGCAGCCGCUAGCUUAUUAACGCAAAAUCUCCUGCGUGAAACGGAUCAACAGCCCCAGCCUCCCUGCCUGGCGGCUGGACGGAAGGACCGCAAGGAACUCAGCGGGGGAUUUUUAAAAAAGGACAUUUUAAAGGGUUUUAAACUCUUUUUUUUCAAAGACAAAAAUCUCAUGCAUCUGUUGGAUUUCUGCGAGCUAGCGUGGCGGCUAACUUAGCAAGCGCAGCCGGACCCGAGAGUCCAUAUCGCCGGCAGGCUAAAUUAAGCUAUCUCCGGGGGUUACGGUGGAUUUAGCGAGCGAUUAGUCGAUUACACCGUCUUGCCCGGUGCUAAACCUCUUAACGUCUCUUUCGGCUGCGUUUUCGGUUGCGGCCGAGGAGCCGAUCGGGAGCGAUUCGAGCUCUUGACACAGGAAGCCAGCGACAAAAGGCAACACAAACAGCAGCAGCGGUGUGUGUGUGACAGAGAGAGUGUGUGUGAGUGGAUUUGUUUUUUAACGGAAUGCAAAUCAUCAUGUCAUGAGUCCUGGCUGCUCCGCGAGCCCGCUGCGUGCUUUUAUUUGUGUCCACGCGCGUCUUCAGCCCAGGAGGAUUUGCAUGUAUUUUUUGCACCAAGUGGAUCGACGGUUUUUUUUUUAAACUGUAAAUCAGAUUUUCUGCAGAUAAAAAAUAGGAAGAUACUCUCUCUCUUUUUUUUUUCCUUCUUCCUGACUGCAGCCACUAAAAUUAGAACAGCGCUCGGUGUUUACAUUUUUUAAGGGUAAAUCUGCAUCUCCAUGCCGCACCGGAGAGCCGCCUGCAUCCGACUGCACGCACCGAGGAGGACCGGGACCGGGAGAGGAGUCCCCGGAGACCUGUAGGAUCCGGCUGCUCGCCUCCACCCAUCCCUCCAUCCACCCCUCCAUCCCUCCAUCCACCCCUCCGCGCUCCGUCUCAUUGUCGCGCUAAAUGGGAUUACAAGCACCGCGCUGACUCGCAUCGUCGUCGCCCGGCCCGGCCCCGCUCCGGAUGCCUGCCUGCCCCCCUCCCUCACGUGAACCCCCCCGUUUGAAGCCACGAUGACGGAGGUGUGAGGAGCACCGCCGACCGACACGCGCGCCGCUCACGCACCCGCCUUCAUGCUGCUGCUGCCCGGCGGAGGAAGGAAGGAGGACGCAGCGUUUUGAUCCCCCCUCCCUUCUCCUCUGCCCCUCCACCUUCCACCUCCUCCCCGAGUGAGACAAAACAAACACCCCUCCUCCUCCUCCUCCUCCUCCCCCCUUUCUCCCCCUCCGUCCCGCUUGAUUCCAUCGGGUUUGGUCGCACCCGGGUCGAAAAGAUGGCGGACCUGGAAGCGGUGCUCGCCGAUGUCAGCUACUUGAUGGCGAUGGAGAAGAGCAAGUCAACUCCAGCAGCCAGGGCGAGCAAGAAGAUCAUGCUGCCGGAGCCCAGCAUUCGCAGCGUGAUGCAGAAGUAUCUGGAGGAGAGAGACGAGCUGACGUUCGACAAAAUAUUCAACCAGAAAAUCGGCUUCCUGCUCUUCAAGGACUUCUGUAUGAACGAGAUCGACGAGGCCGUCCCGCAGCUCAAGUUCUACGAAGAAAUUAAAGAUUACGAGAAGCUGGACUCGGAGGAGGAGCGGCUGAGUCGCAGCCGGCAGAUCUACGACGGAUACAUCAUGAAGGAGCUGCUGUCCUGCUCGCAUCCCUUCUCCAAGAAGGCCGUGGAGCACGUGCAGAGCCACCUGGCCAAGAAGCAGGUUCCCCCGACCCUGUUCCAGCCCUACAUCGUGGAGAUCUGCGACAGCCUGAGAGGGAAGAUCUUCCAGAAGUUCAUCGAGAGUGACAAAUUCACCCGGUUCUGUCAGUGGAAGAACGUGGAGCUCAACAUUCACCUGACCAUGAAUGACUUCAGCGUGCACCGGAUCAUCGGCCGGGGCGGCUUCGGCGAGGUGUACGGCUGCAGGAAGGCCGACACGGGGAAGAUGUACGCCAUGAAGUGUCUGGACAAGAAGAGGAUCAAGAUGAAGCAGGGAGAGACUCUGGCGCUCAACGAGAGAAUCAUGCUGUCGUUAGUCAGCACGGGGGACUGCCCGUUCAUCGUGUGCAUGACGUACGCCUUCCACACCCCCGACAAGCUCUGCUUCAUCCUGGACCUCAUGAACGGGGGCGACCUGCACUACCACCUGUCUCAGCACGGCGUGUUCAGCGAGAAGGAAAUGCGUUUCUACGCAGCUGAAAUCAUCCUGGGCCUGGAGCACAUGCACAACCGCUUCGUGGUUUACAGAGACCUGAAGCCUGCCAACAUCCUGCUGGACGAGCACGGUCACGUCCGGAUCUCCGACCUGGGCCUGGCCUGCGACUUCUCCAAGAAGAAGCCUCACGCCAGCGUAGGGACUCAUGGCUACAUGGCUCCAGAAGUCCUCCAGAAGGGGACGGCGUACGACAGCAGUGCUGACUGGUUCUCCUUAGGCUGCAUGCUCUUCAAACUCCUCCGAGGGCACAGCCCCUUCAGGCAGCACAAGACCAAAGACAAACACGAGAUCGACCGCAUGACGCUCACCAUGAAUGUGGAGCUUCCAGAUUCUUUCACCACGGAGCUCAAAGAUCUUCUGGAGGGUCUUCUGCAAAGAGACGUGUCCAAGAGGCUGGGCUGCCAGGGCCGGGGAGCCCCGGAGGUGAAGGAGCAUCAGUUCUUCAAAGGCAUCGACUGGCAGCAGGUGUACCUGCAGAAGUACUCUCCUCCUUUAAUCCCUCCCCGGGGAGAGGUGAACGCCGCGGAUGCUUUCGACAUCGGCUCCUUUGAUGAAGAAGACACGAAGGGCAUCAAGCUGCUGGACAGUGACCAGGAGCUCUACAAGAACUUCCCGCUGGUCAUCUCGGAGCGCUGGCAGCAGGAGGUCGCCGAGACCGUCUACGAGGCCGUCAACUCCGACACCGACAAGAACGAAGCUCGCAAGAGGGCCAAGAACAAGCAGCUGGGCCACGAGGAGGACUACGCUCUGGGGAAGGACUGCAUCAUGCACGGAUACAUGCUGAAGCUGGGGAACCCGUUCCUCACCCAGUGGCAGCGCCGGUACUUCUACCUCUUCCCCAACCGUGUGGAGUGGAGGGGGGAGGGGGAGUCGCGGGAGGCGUGGCUCAGACACUUGAAAAAGCUGAGAGACGGGCAAAACCUGCUGACGAUGGAGCAGAUCGUGACGGUGGAGGAGACGCAGAUUAAAGACAAGAAGUGCAUCCUGCUGCGCAUCAAAGGGGGGAAGCAGUUCGUGCUGCAGUGCGAGAGCGACCCGGAGUUCGUGCAGUGGAAGAAGGAGCUGACCGAGGCGUUCACGGAAGCUCAGAAACUGCUGCGCCGCGCCCCCAAGGUGAUCGGGAAGGGGCGGGCCGGCGUGGUGGAGCUGUCCAAACCCCCCCUCACACACCGCAACAGCAACGGCCUGUGAAUACACCACAUACACCACACACACACACUCACUCACUCACGCACACACACCUCCCGUCUGUACACAUCGACACGCUGCGUCCCGCCGCCCCUCCUCCACCGCCCGCUACCGCCGCCUCCUCAUCAGCCUGCAGGAAGACUCCGCCUCCUCCCCCGCCUCCUUCCCGGGCGUGUGGACGUUCACGCCCUCCAUCAACCAAUCGCGAGCGAGAUCGAGCAGGAUGACGUUCCUGAGGAAGGGGGCGGAGCCUGACUCGGACCCCGCCGAUCGGGAGGUCUCAGCAUGUCGACGAACCUCCUCGGACUCCUGUGAGCCGAUUGGAUGCUGGGGAGCAGGGGGAGGAGCUUUCAUUAAAAAAACAAACUGAAGGAAUAAAGGCGCCCCCCCCCCCUCACCCCCCCUCACCAUCACCCCCCUCUUAGUUACUGAAGUGCGUAAAGUGCCAACGACAUAUUUUACUUGAGUCCAGCUCCUCCCACCUCCUCGAUGGGGGCGGGGCUUAAUCAUUCCAGUUGCAGACUCGAUCCGCCGAAAAGAGGCGGAGCUAAUGGAGGAAGUGACUCCUCAUUGUGUACAUAGGCAGCCCCGCCCCCGCCCCGCCCCCCUGCAUCUCCAGUGUUUUAGUCCAGUGUGUUUGCAUCGUCGGGGGUUUCUCUGUCUGCCUGUCUGUGAAUCUGUCCCGGCUUUCGGAGGCGGGGGGGGGGGGGGGGGGGGGGGGGGGGUGAGGGGAGGGGAGGGGGCGGAGUCAAGCCCCCGGAGCGCUGCUUUACCUCAGCUGGACUGUCGUCGCUUCGCCACAAAUCCUUUUUUAUUUUUUUAUAAGUUGUGAAUGAGGGACGAGGUGAUUAGCGGAGAGGAGUCCACCCUUGAACACUGCAGCUCGCUCACACCUCGGCUGCUUUUCUUUACUGUUUGGUUCAUGAAGGGGUCAAAUGUUGUAGGUUUUGCACUCACACACACAGACACACACAUUGUGGAAAAGUACUUUUUUUUUCCCAGAAUUCCCUCUGCCCGGUCACAGGUUAAAUUCCACAAAUGAUCUGGAUUCUAUUCUAUUCUUCUAUUUAAACUUUUUCAAUAUUUCCAUUCAGUUCCUCACAUUUGUUUCUUUACAAUUUUGACUUAAUAAUUAUUUGAUCAAAAACAUCCAAAGUUAGAAGCUUUUGUGAUCAAAAUGGUGACCAAAAUAUGGAUUGAAUUUCUCAAAUGCAGUUUUCCAUCAGAAGAGAUCCAGCAAGCAAAUUUUCACCCUAAGACGCUAACAUGAGUGUUAGAGUUUUAGCUUUAAAAGCUAACAAGCUCUUUGUAGCUAGUUUAAAUGAUUUUAAAAUAUCACUGUGAGUCAUUUGGAUUGAAGAGCAAAGGAAAGAUGUGAGGAAUAAAAUGCAAAGCUAACGUAAAUACUAAAAUUUUAUAUUGGCUGUAAAAACGCUACGAUUUGUGGAGAAGCUAACAUGACGGUUAACUUGGUAAAAAUUGUGUAAAUUACCGAGGCUCGUUCAAUGAUGGAAAAGAAACAAGCUGAAGAAUUGGCUUCUGGUUCCCGUCAUCACCUGAAAUUAUAUUUUCCCUUUGAGAUUAAAGCCAAAAAUAACAAACGGGGGGAAAAUGGAGAUACGUUUUAGAAGCUAGCAUAGCUAGCGUGAAAGCGACGUUCUCUCAGGAGCUACACAUUCGCAACGGGUCAGAAGAAAAUAUACUUGGCACAUUUAACAUACGAUUGCUAACGAAGUAGUGGAAAAGGUGGCCAAGAAGCUCCAGCUGCUAAUGGAAAUAAAGUAAAAACCUCAAAACUAUUUACCGUUUUCAUUAAACCAUAAAAGUCAGCUUAAAAACAACACGACGUGUCUCAAUGUAGGUUUUCUUUUGGACCCAAUGCAGCAAAUUCAACAUACUACUCAACGUUUUAGCUGCUUGCCAAGCUAGCCAAAAUGCUAACGCUACACAUUAUUUUCUAUGUUAGCUUCAGCCGGAAAAAAAAAAAAAACACCAACAACCGGUGCCAAAACUGAAGUGGACCAAAAUACACACAGACCAACAGAAACAUGCUAAAGCUAGCUAACCGCUAGCUAGCCAGAUCAACAGGAGUUCGCCUCUACGAGCGUUUCAGGGUGGAGUUUUAUUUUUUUCAGAGUCUUUUAAAUGUGGUGAAUUUAUUGUGAAUGUACGGCAGCGUCUUACGGCGACAUUAAGGAAAAAAAACCAAGACUGUUCAGAACGAAGCAGAGACGUUUUGGGAAUAGGUUUUUAUUUUUGAGGGGGGCUCCCCCUUGUGGCCGAACGCCGCUGUCUCGUUUGAUGGGCUGUGCUGAUGAAACCUGCUCGGACUUAAAGGAACUGGCAGCGCUGAAGGACGUCGAGGAGGAGAAACUCGCACGUUCAGGUUGUUUGUUCUUCGCUUCGUCUGAGGCGUCCCGGCGUUUCUGGAGCGGGAAGAAAAUACAUUCAGUCAACAGGUUUUUUUUUUUUUUUUUUUUUUUUUUUUUUUGUAGCCUUUUGCCAACAACUUCGUGCUGAAAGUCACGUUAAAGUAAAAAAAUUAAAAAAAUAAAAAGUUUUGUUUUAAACUUUCCAAGAAGAAAGUCACAGCUGAUGAACAUUUUCUUUCAUUUCCCCCAAAAAAUUUGUUUACAUUUUAUUUAGAUGAAUUUUGAUAUGUUUGAAGUUGAAAUGUUACUUUUUUCUCUUAAAAUAUAGAAUUCUAAUUUGUUAUUAAAAGUUUUUGUCAAUUUUAUUUUGGACCUAAUCAAUUUAGCUAACAGUCGCUAUCUAGCUAGCUGUGAGGGAUAGGCUAAUGCCAGCUAGCAUCCUGAGAAUUCCCAUUUUCCCUGUGGGAAGUUCCCAGUUGGUUUUCUUCUCUGUAAAUGGGAACAAUCCCACUUCACCUGUUAUCGUCAUGAGAUUGAAAAAGCAGCUUCCGGGCUCAUUGUACCACCUUGUGGCACAGCGCGGAACUGCAGCCGUAAUGAUUUGUUUUAAUUACACUCUGACUUUAAUCUUGAAAAGUAAAUGUAAAAAAAAAAAAAAAAAAAAGGAACUAAGAUUUACAAGUCGGGGGGGAUUUUAUUGUCUUUCUGAAUUUU